AUGGACCAAGGUAGAGGUAGAGGCAAGGUUGCCAACUCCCAAGUUAGUAGGGAACCAAUGGAGCAGGAAGUCCACCAAAGCCACCGCAGCAGUCAAGGAACCCCACUGCUCCCACUGCCAGAGAAUGACCUCGUGGUGGUGAUUGCCAAUCAAACCUGCCUACUAGAGGCCAUAGCACGAACAGGAAACAACAACCGAGGUUAUGGACCUCAGAAUAAGAUGUCAGAGUUCAGGUGGAUCAAACCUCCAACUUUUAACAAUACCGAAGACCCCUUAGAGGCUGACGACUGGCUUAGGGCUAUCACUAGAAAACUCAUGGUCAUCAACUGUGAGGGUCAAGAAAGGGUGAAUCUAGCAGCCCAUCAACUUACUAGAUCAGUAGCAAAAUGGUGGGAAAACUACUACGAUGUAUUAGUAGAUGUCGAUGCCGUCACUUGGGAGAAAUUCUGUGAAGAGUUUCAGAAGUACCAUGUGACGAAAGGAACUAAGGAAAUGAAGGCUGACGAAUUUCAUAGUCUAAAGCAAGGAUCAAUGACAAUAAAUCAGUACAUCCGGAAGUUAAUCCGUCUUUCCCGCUAUGCCUUGUAA